AUGUCUCCUUUUGGAUUCUCCACAACAAGCGAAGAGCUAGUUAAAGCCUUGGCCGACAAGAUCAAGGGACGCACAUUCCUCAUCACCGGAACUACUGUGAAAGGUCUUGGAGCCCAAACCGCUGUCUCCUUAGCCCGCGAGUCGCCAGCAAACCUUAUCCUCGUGAGCCGGAACAAGGCUAAGGUCGACCCCGUGCUGGAGGAGAUCGCGAGCAUCAAUCCCAACGUCAAGGUAACCUUUGUCACCUGCGAGCUGACCGACUUCGACUCCGUACGAGCAGCUGCGGAGAAAAUCAACAACGACGCUUCAAUUCCGAAGAUCGAUGUCGUCAUCAACAAUGCCGCCGUUAUGAACGUCCUCGAAUACACGCUGGACAAGCAAGGAAUCGAGACGACGUUCUCGGCGGACCACCUCGGCCACUUUCUCCUGACCAACCUCAUCAUGAACAAGAUCAUCGCCGCAGCUCCCGGUGCCCGCAUCGUCAACGUGACGAGCAGAGGCCACGGCAUUUCCCCCUUCCGCGGCGACGACUACAACUUCUCCGACGGCAAGGAGUACGACGGCUGGAGCGCGUAUGGCCAAGCCAAGACCGCCAACAUCCUGUACUCGGGCGAGCUAUCGCGGAGGCUGGCCAGCAAGGGCAUCAAGUCCUACGCGCCACACCCCGGUACCAUUUUCGGUACCAACUUGGCUGCCCACCUAACCGAUUACGACUUCAACAAGAUCGGCGAGGCAGCCAAACGUAACAACCCCGGGGGGGUCUGGGGCGGCGUGGGCGAGAAGAAGACCUUGUCUCAGGGAGCCGCGCCGCUACUCGCCGCAGCACUAGACCCAGACUUCGACGACAAACCUGGCUCGUACAUCGAAGACUGUCAAAUUGCCACUACAUACGAGUAUACCAGAGACCCAGAGGCUGCUCGCAAGCUGUGGGAGAUUAGCGAGAAGCUAGUAGGCCAGAAGUUUGACUUUUAA